UGUAUUUGUGUGUAGAUUCAAGUCUUUCUCUUUAGGCAUUUUUUACUUAUUAUAUCUUGUUUAUGAAUGAAAUGCUGUGUGAAAUGAAAUUUGUGGCUGGCGUAAUGUUAGUUUGGAAUAAUGUUUAUUAAAUCUUUACUUUUCAGUUUUCAUACGCAAAAAUAAUGAUAAACUAAGUAAAGUAGUUUGUAAUCAUCAGCCUUUAGAUGACGUAGUGAACUAAACCAAAACAACUAUGGAUGGCAAAGUGACUAGUAAAACCAGCAGUUUAAAAGCUCUUCUGCUGCGAGCCUGGAGAGAAAGAUGGUCUGACUUACAAUGGGGAAUUCAUAUAAAAACUAUUUUGCCUCGAGGUGUAAGUGGCGAUGUUUACAACUUAGCAGACUGUAUCCUCCAGCAAGCUCUUGUUGGCCCUGGACCCAACCAUCUGGUUCUUUCCUACCUCAAGCAUUCCCUUAGCUCACAGCUGGUAUCUUAUGCUGCUGUGCUACAAAGAAUAAGCAAGUACGACGGUUUCCAUAAACCUCAUUGCAUCAUUAGCCUACUUGAGUUCCUGGAAAACAUUCUGCCAGGAAUCACGUGCCGCUUCAAGCCGGAGGAAGAGAUGAUUGCAGGCUCCGUCCUGUCUCUGGCUCACUGGCUGCUCCAGUGCUACCACCACCACAGUCACAACCACAACAGUGCUACCAACACGACAGACAACACACAGCUGUUGACCAAGCCUGCCAACCUGCUGGACCACAUGCUCAAGAGGGACUUCACAACCGCUAUGCUGUACUUGGCCAAGCAUGAGCAGAAGGAUCUGUAUUUGCAGGUGGUCAACAAAUGUCAGGUGUUGGAAACGUCACUCAACCAGAACCCAGGACAGGCAGGAGCUCUCACCAUCAAACAUGUCUUACUAAAACUGUGCAGUCUGGAGCUGUCUGGCACUGGACUGGAGAUAGACAGGGGUGUCGAGCCACUGACCUACUGUCUACAAUCUGUCCUGGCUGUUCAGGUGCUGCUGAAUCCUAGCUGUGACUCUCAGGUGUUAGUCAACCAGCUGCUCAUGAUACAACGUAUCAAGGGCUACAGCAAUGUGCGACUGUACAGUGAGCUAAUCAGGGCCUGUUUCAUCAUCUUGUACGACGUGCUAGACACCAGCAAGGAGUCACAGUGGGGAGCGUUCACAUUUCUCAAGGUCCCUCACUUACUCAACCAGCUGCACAACACCAAUCUGCCCAGAGGUGUAAAGCCGGAUGAGUUCAGUCAAGACGUUGUAGACAGCCUGGACCUAGUGUUGCAGUUUACGCCUCUCCUCGACACCAUGGACGCUCGGUGUUCCUGCAACAACCUAGAGUGUUUCCUCGGAGAACUCGCUAAGCUCAACCUCGUCUCUGAGGAACAUGUGAUACUGUACACUGCCAAACGGGAAGCAGCCAUCGCUAAGCUGCACAAGAUGGAAGCAGCCUUGUCAGGAAUGCCAAUCACCAAAGUGAUCAUCAGAGCAGAGCCAACAUUGGCUAGGGUGCUCCAGUCCCUGGACGCUGAGUUUCCUAAGGAAUCACUGCUUGGGAUGCUGAGUCAGGUGUUCACAGGGAAGAGUUUUGAGCUGAUACUCGCUGUAGCCACUGUUGAGGGCAAGUUGUGCACUCUGGUUAACAAGUUGAUCAACCUCAACGAGUGUUGCAAGCAAGGCAUCGACGAAGGCAACAAGACCCUGGCUAUGUUGUUUGACAUCACCUUCCUCAUGCUGUGUUACAUCACCCAAACCUUCGGCUCUGAGGUUGUCCUCAGUGACGAAGGCAAGGGAGAUUCGUUCAUGAAGCAGUGGGUCAGAGAAUGUCUUGUAGAGAGAGGCAAGCCCAAAUCUCCAGACAACAUGUUGCAGCAUUGCGACCCGAGUAUUGUAGAAACUCUUCUCACCCAGUUCACAUCCACGGACGCCGACUUUAAACUCAAUGGCAUGACAUGGCACCAGGUGUGUUUCAACAUGCCAGGAGCCAUUAGAGAAGUGCUGGUGGCCUGGAAGCAGGAUGCUCUAUCAGUGACUGAUGUCAAAAGGAUACUGGACACCAUGCAGGCACCCAUUGGCAUGACAUGGCACCAGGUGUGUUUCAACAUGCCAGGAGCCAUCAGAGAAGUGCUGGUGGCCUGGGAGCAGGAUGCUCUAUCAGUGACUGAUGUCAAAACGAUACUGGACACCAUGCAGGCACCCAUUGGCAUGACAUGGCAUCAGGUGUGUUUCAACAUGCCAGGAGCCAUCAAAGAAGUGCUGGUGGCCUGGGAGCAGGAUGCUCUAUCAGUGACUGAUGUCAAAAGGAUACUGGACACCAUGCAGGCACCCAUUGGCAUGACGUGGCACCAGGUGUGUUUCAACAUGCCAGGAGCCAUCAGAGAAAUGCUGGUGGCCUGGGAGCAGGAUGCUCUAUCAGUGACUGAUGUCAAAAGGAUACUGGACACCAUGCAGGCACCCAUGUGUUGUCUGAUAGUCUGUGUUGUGUUUCAGUGGCAUGUUGGGCACCAGUGGCAUGACAUGGCAUCAGGUGUGUUUCAACAUGCCAGGAGCCAUCAAAGAAGUGCUGGUGGCCUGGAAGCAGGAUGCUCUUGUCAUGGCUUGACGUGGCACCAGGUGUGUUUCAACAUGCCAGGAGCCAUCAGAGAAGUGCUGGUGGCCUGGGAGCAGGAUGCUCUAUCAGUGACUGAUGUCAAAACGAUACUGGACACCAUGCAGGCACCCAUUGGCAUGACAUGGCAUCAGGUGUGUUUCAACAUGCCAGGAGCCAUCAAAGAAGUGCUGGUGGCCUGGGAGCAGGAUGCUCUAUCAGUGACUGAUGUCAAAAGGAUACUGGACACCAUGCAGGCACCCAUGUGUUGUCUGAUAGUCUGUGUUGUGUUUCAGUGGCAUGUUGGGCACCAGUGGCAUGACAUGGCAUCAGGUGUGUUUCAACAUGCCAGGAGCCAUCAAAGAAGUGCUGGUGGCCUGGAAGCAGGAUGCUCUUGUCAUGGCUUGACGUGGCACCAGGUGUGUUUCAACAUGCCAGGAGCCAUCAGAGAAGUGCUGGUGGCCUGGGAGCAGGAUGCUCUAUCAGUGACUGAUGUCAAAACGAUACUGGACACCAUGCAGGCACCCAUUGGCAUGACAUGGCAUCAGGUGUGUUUCAACAUGCCAGGAGCCAUCAAAGAAGUGCUGGUGGCCUGGGAGCAGGAUGCUCUAUCAGUGACUGAUGUCAAAAGGAUACUGGACACCAUGCAGGCACCCAUGUGUUGUCUGAUAGUCUGUGUUGUGUUUCAGUGGCAUGACGUGGCACCAGGUGUGUUUCAACAUGCCAGGAGCCAUCAGAGAAGUGCUGGUGGCCUGGAAGCAGGAUGCUCUUGUCAUGGCUUGACGUGGCACCAGGUGUGUUUCAACAUGCCAGGAGCCAUCAGAGAAGUGCUGGUGGCCUGGGAGCAGGAUGCUCUAUCAGUGACUGAUGUCAAAACGAUACUGGACACCAUGCAGGCACCCAUUGGCAUGACGUGGCACCAGGUGUGUUUCAACAUGCCAGGAGCCAUCAGAGAAGUGCUGGUGGCCUGGGAGCAGGAUGCUCUAUCAGUGACUGAUGUCAAAAGGAUACUGGACACCAUGCAGGCACCCAUGUGUUGUCUGAUAGUCUGUGUUGUGUUUCAGUGGCAUGUUGGGCACCAGUGGCAUGACGUGGCACCAGGUGUGUUUCAACAUGCCAGGAGCCAUCAGAGAAGUGCUGGUGGCCUGGAAGCAGGAUGCUCUUGUCAUGGCAUGUUGGGCACCAGUGGCAUGACGUGGCACCAGGUGUGUUUCAACAUGCCAGGAGCCAUCAGAGAAGUGCUGGUGGCCUGGGAGCAGGAUGCUCUAUCAGUGACUGAUGUCAAAAGGAUACUGGACACCAUGCAGGCACCCAUUGGCAUGACAUGGCACCAGGUGUGUUUCAACAUGCCAGGAGCCAUCAGAGAAGUGCUGGUGGCCUGGGAGCAGGAUGCUCUAUCAGUGACUGAUGUCAAAAGGAUACUGGACACCAUGCAGGCACCCAUGUGUUGUCUGAUAGUCUGUGUUGUGUUUCAGUGGCAUGUUGGGCACCAGUGGCAUGACGUGGCACCAGGUGUGUUUCAACAUGCCAGGAGCCAUCAGAGAAGUGCUGGUGGCCUGGAAGCAGGAUGCUCUUGUCAUGGCAUGUUGGGCACCAGUGGCAUGACGUGGCACCAGGUGUGUUUCAACAUGCCAGGAGCCAUCAGAGAAGUGCUGGUGGCCUGGGAGCAGGAUGCUCUAUCAGUGACUGAUGUCAAAAGGAUACUGGACACCAUGCAGGCACCCAUUGGCAUGACAUGGCACCAGGUGUGUUUCAACAUGCCAGGAGCCAUCAGAGAAGUGCUGGUGGCCUGGGAGCAGGAUGCUCUAUCAGUGACUGAUGUCAAAAGGAUACUGGACACCAUGCAGGCACCCAUGUGUUGUCUGCCUGUUUGUGCUGCCACGUGGCUUUGUAGCUAUAUGCAGGUUUCCCCCCAAGACGCUCUUUUGAAACCGAUCAACAUGGUUCAGCAGUUUCUUAAGGUUCUCACAAACGAGGAACAUACCAAGCAAAAUAACUACAAUGAAAGGGCUGCUCUGAUGGUUCAAAUCAUACGGAAAAUGCAGUUUGAUGUCCACACACCGACCCUGUCUAAGAUUAAAGCAAUGGGGCUAUCUCACAGUAUCAUCUCCAAGCAGCCGGUGUCGGAGCAGCUAGAGUCAGUCUGGCUGACCGUGCUGAGGCAAGGUUGGGUCGGAAUUGAAGCCACUCACACUCUAGAGAGUCUGUACAACACUGGUGGGCCUCAGUGGUUCGUCACCAACCUCGUAAAGGAAAUGAUGAAGUUGAGGUACAAAGACGAGUUGGACCGAGCCGUGGAUCUUCUCAUGGGCCUCUUCCAUCUGGACAUUGAGAGUUGCACAUUGUGUCUUCUGCAACAGGUGCUUCCUCAAUAUCUGCACAACAGGCCGCAAAGUGAAGAGUUAGUAGAACCUCAAUCAUCUUCACUGGCCAAGCUGUGUGCCUAUUGCAUAUUCGCCACAUCUAUCUUCAGUGGAUCGGACACCUCUAACUCUCGCAAGCGCUCACGUGCUCACAUGGAAACUGAGGACCUGGACGAGUUGUGUCCGGCAAGUAAGAUCCUCAGACUAGAUUCAUCUCUAAUGUUUCUCUCCUGUGGUACUAGCGAGACAUCCUCCCCUCCACUGCAGGAACCUCUAGCGUCAGCUCUGCGUGAAGUGUUCAAGGCGUUGUCUGUGAUCGCAGAACGAACAGCUCACGUUUCACAACAGACCCAUUUUGUGUUCCGUUUCCUUGAGUAUGUCGUCCGCUGUGGCAAAGACAGGGCGCGAGCUGUCUUGCAGGGAAUGCCCAACACGUUGGUUCCAUGCCUUGUACGGGCGUUGCCAGACUUAUUCACCACAGACUUGAUACUUCGGCUUUACGAUAUGAACACAAAGACUGGUCGUCUCGCCACCGCUCGAGACCUAUGCCUCCUGCGCAACAUGACUAUGAAAAGUCCAGCAUAGUAGAUCUCAAUGUACAAACUAAAUGUAUCGACUAAUGUAUUGCUAUUCUGUCUAGUAGUGUUGAUUUUACUACUAAACUGUUGUAACAUUUUCAAUCUGUGAUUGUGCUGAUUACAGUGUAUAUAUUUUUUA